AUGUCAGACCCAAAGAAAAGUUGUAUAGGACAUUUGAAUAACUUAAAAACAUGGAGAAAUCAUAUUAGAGUCAGACGUUUAUGCAGGAACUUAGUACUGCCGAAUAACAAACUACGGGAAUUUAUGAACCGGAUGACUUCCUGCAUUGAUGAAGGACUUGGCAAGGAAACACAUCCAAAAGCAACAAUCAAAUGCUGGCAAACAUAUGUCCAAGACAUGCCUACUGGUAAUGAAAAAGGCCAAUUCUUGGCUCUUGAUUUGGGAGGUUCAAAUUUCCGCGUUCUCAAACUAGAUUUAGGAGAAAAUAGAUAUUUUAAAAUGAGUCAAGAGACAUAUGAGUGUUCUAAGGAGUUGAUGAAUGGAUCAGGAACCAUAUUGUUUGAUUACAUAGCCAAUUGUUUGAACAAAUUUGUGAUCGCACAAGGACUAAAAUCCAAUAGCCAACUUCCUUUGGGUUUCACGUUUAGUUUCCCAAUGUCACAAUCAAGCAUUGACUCAGGAGAACUUGUAAGGUGGACAAAAGGUUAUACAUGUGAUGGCGUGGUUAAUCAAGAUGUAGUACAGCUGUUGUCAAAGUCAAUCAAAAAUAUCCCAGACUUGAAUGUACACAUUUGUGCAAUUUUAAAUGACACCGUUGGCACUUUAAUGUCCUGUGCUUGGUUGAAUCCGAAAACCAGAAUAGGCUUGAUUGUUGGUACAGGUUGUAACUGUUGUUACGUAGAAAAAGUGAAGAAUAUCCAGUUGUUUAGUGGUGACCCAAAAAAAGAAGAAAUGGUUAUCAAUCUAGAGUGGGGUGCAUAUGGAGAUAAUAAUGAACUUGAAGAUUUUUUUACUAAAUAUGACAAAGUUAUUGAUGAAAAUUCUGAAAAUCGUGGCCAACAAAUUUUUGAAAAAAUGAUAUCUGGAAUGUACCUUGGAGAAUUGUUAAGAUUAGUAUUAUUAGACAUGAUAGACAAAGAAUUAAUAUUUGAUGGGACAAAGCCAUCAAUGCUUAAUACUCCUCAGUCAUUGACUAGUGAUGUGUUAUCCUUAAUUGAGAAUGAUCCACCUGGAACUUAUACAGGCACUAGAAAGUUCCUUCAGAGAAUUGGAGUGGCCAAUCCUACAGAUGGUGACUGUAUGAAUGUUAGAUAUGCAACAGAGUGCAUUUCGAGAAGGUCUGCGUAUUUAGUAGCAGCUGGUCUUUCAGCCAUAUUGAAUAAGAUGAACGAGAAAGAUGUAAUAAUUGGAGUGGAUGGGUCAGUGUACAGAUUUCAUCCGUAUUAUCAUAAUUUGUUAGUGGACAAAAUAAGUGAAUUGGUAAACAGUGGUAUAAAAUUUGGUAUUAUACUUUCUGAAGAUGGCAGUGGAAGAGGUGCAGCCGUCUUAGCAUCAGCGGUUUGUCCAGAUGGAUAA